AUGCAAUCUGACCUGAUCACGUUAUAUACUAAAGUAGUUGCAAAUCGGACACAAAAAGGAUGGCCCCUAAAUUUCGAAAAAAUACAUUUCGUACAUUGUACGUGUAUGAUAGCGCUAUGUAUGUACCUGCAUAUCGGAAUGGUGUAUGGCUCCGAUGGAUGGGGGCAGGGGUUGGUGGGAUAUAAGAGCAGCGAAAAAGCGCUACGGCGAGGACAGCAUGAGUGA